AGAACCUUCCUGAUGUAUAUAUGCAGAUAGUGAGAUUUGAAACAGCUUUUUGAGAUAAUAAUAUAAUAAUAUAAUAAAACUCUAAUUUAGGGAGCAACAAUUCUCCUAAUUUUUCUACUCUCCGUGGGAAUGAGUUGCCAACCUUUUACUUCGGCUGAUACCUUUAUACCUCUUAAUUCGGAGUCCUCUGCAACUCUGCCUCUGAUAAUGCAUCACAGCGCUGCUGAGUGCCUACCAGUUUCCAACCACACCACCAAUGUGAUGUCUACAGUCCCGUCUAUUUUGUCUUUGAUCCAAACUUCUAAAUAUUUGCCUACAUAUUUUUCGGUGACAACGUUGGGAAACACAGCAACUGGACUUCACUACUCUGUUCCUUCCUGUCAUUAUGGAAACCAGCCAUCGACUUAUGGAGUGAUGGCAGGCAGCUUAACCCCCUGUCUCUAUAAGUUUCCUGACCACACCCUGAGUCAUGGCUUUCCGCCCAUGCACCAGCCUCUCCUGGCAGAGGACCCCACAGCCAUGGACUUCAAGCAGGAACUCAGGCGGAAAAGUAAAUUGAUUGAAGAGCCAAUAGACAUGGAUUCUCCAGAAAUUCGAGAACUUGAAAAGUUCGCCAAUGAAUUUAAAGUGAGAAGAAUUAAGUUAGGAUACACCCAGACAAACGUCGGGGAAGCCCUGGCAGCUGUGCACGGCUCAGAAUUCAGUCAAACAACUAUCUGCCGAUUUGAAAACCUGCAGCUCAGCUUCAAAAAUGCGUGCAAACUAAAAGCAAUAUUAUCCAAAUGGCUGGAAGAGGCUGAGCAAGUCGGAGCUUUAUACAAUGAAAAAGUGGGAGUAAAUGAAAGGAAAAGGAAACGGAGAACAACUAUAAGUAUUGCUGCAAAAGGUGCUCUGGAGAGACACUUUGGACAGCAGAAUAAACCUUCCUCUCAAGAGAUCAUGAGGAUGGCUGAAGAACUGAAUCUUGAGAAAGAAGUAGUAAGAGUUUGGUUUUGCAACCGGAGGCAGAGAGAAAAACGGGUAAAAACAAGUCUGAAUCAGAGUUUAUUUACUAUUUCCAAGGAAAAUCUUGAAUGCAGAUAAGAUUUUCUAUUGUGUAAUUGCAAAUUUUCUAUCUUUCCUUCCUUUCCAUUCUCCAACAAAAAUAGGAACUAGUUAUUUGGUUGGCUUCAAAAAUCAUUUUAUGUCAAUAACUUUUGCAGGAGCUUUCCUUUUCUACAUUCUAAAAAUUUAAUUUAUUUUGAUUAAUUAUUUUCUUUAAUUAUUCUCAGAAUCCACAUUGUACAUUUAAUAGUAGUAAAACAAUGAUUCUCUCUCCCUCUAUCUCUAUUU